AUGGAAAGUUUUCUGAAAAGUUGGAAAGCGGUCUCCUGGGAAAAGGUACAGAUUCGCGUGGACGAAGAGAUCAAAGCCAUUGGGAUACGGCAAGAUGAGGGUGAUGUUGGGCGUAAAAUACUUGUCGAUGAGAGUAACAAAUACCGCGAAAUAACUACCAAGGAGACUCGGCGUGUCGCCCUGCCGUUGAUAAAAGCGUUUCAAAAAGAAGUCGAUCAGCUGACUGUGAGAGGAAAGGCGACGGAGGCCGCGCUAAUCGAAAUCUGCUCUCAACUUACGAAUCUCCCUGGUGAGGCUGUUUUUCACGAAAGGAUAUCCAAUCGAACUAGUGUGACCCUAAUCCUUUCUAGCUGGGUCUUUCCUGCUCAUCUGAUUUUUUUUACAGCCUAUAACUGGUUGGCCAAAUUCACACUAUAUUCUUUCUUUUUGAGCUGUUCCACGCCCUUCCUUUGA